GAUUAUCUUCCCCAAUUACAGAACCCUAGUUUUCCCAAUCAGCCAUCACUCCACACUCACUUUCAGUUCCAAAAAUGGCCGACGACAAGAACGAUCAAGACCAAGCCGAAGCUGUCCGUUUGAAAACCCUAGCUGAGCAAAAAUACAGCUCCUCCAACCUCAAAUCCGCCCUAAAAUACGCCAAACGGGCCCACCGUCUCCACCCCACCGUCGAUGGCCUCCCCGAAAUGCUCACCGCCUUCAAAAUCCUCCGCACCGCGACCAAACCCACCAAUAUCACCACCACCAUCGACGGCGGCGUUAGAAACACCCCGGACUAUUACAAAAUUCUCCAAAUUGAACCAUUCUCUCACAUUAACACGAUCAAGAAACAGUACAAGAAACUGGCUUUGACCUUACACCCCGAUAAGAACCCGUUUGUGGCUUCCGAAGAGGCGUUUAAGCUUGUUGGUGAAGCGUUUAGGGUUUUGUCGGAUAAGAUUCGGAGGAAGGAGUAUGAUAUGAAGCUGAGGAUUGCGAUGCAGGAAAAGGUUGUAGGGGAAAUGGGGCCUGUGGAGACGUUUUGGACGGCGUGUUCGAUGUGCCGGUUGUUGCAUCAGUUUGAAAGGAAGUAUUUGGGGCACAAUUUGAUGUGUCCUAGUUGUAAAAAGAGUUUUAAGGCCUUAGAGGUUUCAGAAAAUGUUUCAAAGAAUGUAGAGGGUUUGGAGGUGGAGGAUGGUGAGGAAGGUAGGGUUGAGGUUGAAAAGGUUAAAACAAGAGUUAGUGCUAGGAUGAGGGUUAGAAGUAGUGGAGGAGUGAGAAAUGUGGAGGUGAAGCAAAGAAUGAGUAGUGUUGGGGAGGUUUUGGAGAGGUCAAGGGUACAAACGUCGAGAGAUUUGGAUGCAAAUGGGGAUUUAGGUGCUGUGAUUGCAGGAUUGAGGUCAAAAUCAAAGAGGGUUGAGCGGAUGCAUAAUGGGUAUGCAAAUGGGGGUUUGAGUAGUGGUGCUGGUGUGUCUGUGGGGGUUCCGAGACUGAGAUUGGGGGGUAAGGAAGAGGGAAAGAUUGUUGGGGUUGAGGUUUUGGACAAGUCAGCGUCGAAGAGAGCCAAGGUUGGUGAAGAAAUGAUGACCUUAGCUGAAAUGCAAAUGUUGGCGAAGAAGAAAGUGAGUGAGGAAAAGAUGAAGUUGAAGUUAAAGGAGGAGAGAGAAAAUGAGAAGGAGAAGGUGAAGGAGAGGAGUGAGAGGCUCACAGUUUCGAAGGGUGAGAAUUUGGUAACAUAUAGACGAAGGGCUUCAAAGAGUAGGACUUUGGAAAUUGAGAGACAAAGGGCUUUGAGUGGGAAUUUGGAUAUCAUGGUGGUAGAGGAUUCGGAUUUCUAUGAUUUUGAUAAGGGUAGAAUGGAGAGGAACUUUAAGAAAGGGCAAGUUUGGGCUAUUUAUGACGAUGAUGAUGGAAUGCCAAGGCAUUAUGCUUUGAUUGAUGCAGUGGUUUCAGUGUAUCCGUUUGAGGUGAAAAUGUUUUGGUUGGACUUCCAAAACAAUGGGGAUGAAGGGUUGAUUUGUCGGGAGAAAAUGGGGUUUCAUAUUUCUUGUGGAAGGUUUAAGGUUUCUAGGGAGACUGCUGUAAAUUCUGUAAAGAUGUUUUCACAUAUUGUUGAUUGUGAAAGAGCGGCAAGGGAGGUGUAUAGAAUUUAUCCUAAGAAGGGAUCGGUUUGGGCGCUUUAUAAUGAAAAUUCCUUGGAUCCUGGAGAAAGGAACCCAUCGAAUAAGGAUAAGAGGUGUUACGAUAUUGUUAUAUUUUUAACGAGUUACAGUGAGAUACAUGGGUUGAGCAUGGCGUACCUUGAGAAGGUAGAUGGCUAUAAGACGGUUUUCAAAAGGAAAGAGAUUGGCUGUCAUGCUAUAAGAUGGCUUGAAAAAGAUGAUGCUCAGUUGUUUUCUCAUCAGAUUCCUUCAAGGAAGCUUUCUGGUGAAGAGGCCUCAGAACUUCCCAAAGAUUGUUGGGAGCUUGAUCCUGCUUCACUUCCUCCUGAGUUGCUUACUAUUGGUUGGAGGGAAUAGUUCCCGUUGGGUAUUCAUAAUUUGAAAGGAUGUACUACUGCUUCUUUGGUUUCUUUGUUCAUGUGAAAUAGAGUCUGAAUGUAAGUUGAUAAUCCUGUCGAGACGCACGUUUCUCACUCCCAUUGUUCUUCACCGGCUGCUAUCAACAGGAGGUCUUGGUGAGGUAAGGUGUCUUCUUCUUCAGCGUUUCGAUUUAUGUAUGCAUGUUUCCUUUUCGUUUUUUGAUUUCUUGUUGGAGGCGGCUACGCGGUG